CGUGAAGGACUAGUCCAUCCUCUAUCUCCCGCUGAACACCUGCUUCUCAAAAGAUCACAGACACCGGGUUAACGAAAUUAGCUCCAGGCUUCGAAUUUCGCAAUUUCUGUUUCCCAGUUGGUGGUGCUUUACUGUACUCGGUAGUUUUGUUUCGGGAUAUGGAGCCAGUAGAGUUGACGGAGCAGGAGACUGCCAUCUACGAUCGUCAGAUUAGGGUUUGGGGUGUUGAUGCUCAAAGACGACUUAGCAAAGCUCAUGUAUUUGUCAGUGGACUCAAAGGGACUGCAGUUGAGUUUUGCAAAAAUAUUGUUUUAGCUGGAGUUGGUUCUUUGACCUUGAACGAUGAUCGUAUGGUGACUGAUGAAUUACUCUCUUCCAAUUUUUUAAUCCCUCCGGAUGAAAAUGUGUUUAUUGGAAAAUCUGUUGCUGAGCUUUGUUGUGAUUCGUUGAAAGAAUUCAACCCCAUGGUUCAUGUUUCUGUCCAGAAAGGCUAUUUGUCAAGUUUCGACACUGAUUUCUUUGAUAAGUUUGAUGUUGUUGUCAUCAGUCACUGCUCUCUUUCAACCAAGAAAUCUGUAAAUGCAAAGUGUCGAAAGUUGUCAAAGCACAUUUCUUUUUAUACAGUGGAUGUUAGAGAUUCUUGUGGCGAGAUUUUUGUUGACUUGCAGAACUACACAUAUUCUAAGAAGCAAUCUGAAGAAAUGACAGAUUGCCAAAUUAAUUAUCCAAGCUUCGAGGAAGCUAUUAAUGUCCCAUGGGCAGAUUUACCAAAGAGAACAUCAAAGCUAUAUUUUUCUAUGAGAGUCAUAGAAAGGUUUGAGGAGAGUGAAGGACAUGAACCUGGAAAGACUUUUAAUGCUGCUGACCUUCUUACAGUGCAGAACUUGAGGAAGGAACUAUGUGAUGCUCAGGGGUUAAAUGAAUCUCAAAUACCUGAUAAUCUUCUGGGACGGUUGUUAAAGGGCACAGAAGAGUUUCCUCCAGUUUGUGCCAUCAUUGGAGGAAUUCUUGGACAGGAGGUGAUUAAAGCCAUAUCUGGCAAAGGCGAUCCAGUCAAGAAUUUCUUCUUCUUUGAUGCUAUGGAUGGCAAAGGCGUAAUAGAAGAUAUAUCUGGCGUCAAAACAAGUACUGGAGACUUGCCGAGUCAGAACAUUGAGAUUCUCUAGGCAUGGUGCGUAUUCUAACUCAUUAGUUGUAUGGGUAAAUUACAUUUGAGAUUAUGCUUCACUGGUAAUGUUUGUUUGCAUAACCAUUUACCUGAUAUGAGGAUGACAUUAUCUCUUUUUCUAUUGGCUUAAAUUGGCAAUGAAUUCCGUUCUUACCC